CAGCUGAGACUUGAUCCUGGGAGCUGUCAGGACGCUAAAACAGCUCCACCUCAGCGAGCUCGUUAGUGGCCAGGUAGCUGGCAGGGAGAGCUCAGACCCCACUAAUUCCUCUUUGAGCGCUGUGCACCGCUGCCACAGCUGCCACAGCUGUUUGCUGGUGCGUCAUAACAGCUGAGGUGUCCAUCUGCCUGGGUGGGCCCUUUUCUUUUUUGUCGCGAAAGCUCCUCCCCUCCCAGGCCACCAGCCUCUCUCAACUCCCCGAUCCCGCACCGCACCUCUUCCCGACGACCACUGCCGCCACGAGGAUCACACAUACGGCGGCGCUGCUCGUCUGGUCUUCCACUGCGCAUUCGUCGCGAUCCAUCAUUUUCCAUUUGUUUGACGUCCGCUUCUCUCCUGUCUUUUCUGCCCCCCCCGCCCCCCGGUCCCUUAAAUUGGGUCAUGCCGCUUUGAGCACGGCACGUGUCCGCAUCAUCUUUCGCCAUGGUCUCCUUCUGGCCCUGGAGGCGUGACGACGACUCCCCCGCCUCCUUCGAGAAGACCCUUUCCGCGCUAUCCACCAAGAUCACAGACACCCAAGCGAGACUCGAUGGCGCGCGAGCCACCUCCCGUCGCAUCAGGGUGCUCUGGUCCCUCUACCUCGCCUUUGCCUACCUCGUCUACUCCAUCGUCAUCUUCCUCGUGGUAGGAUGGAACGACAUGGGCGCCUCGGAAUGGACCGGCGUCGCUGGAGGCCCCCUCCUCAUCUACCUCACGCGAACUACCAUCACGGCCGUGUUCAACUACCGCAUCGAUUCUCUCGCCGCUCGCCUCAUGGACCAGCAGGCCGAGCGCGCAAAGACGAUCCAAAAGCUCAAGGACGCCACAAGGUACAACUCCACCCUGGAACUCCUCGAAAAGUACGGAGGCGAUGAAGGCAAGAGCAAGAACAAGAAGCAGAAUGCUGGAGAGGACGACAAGAAGCCGCUACAGCAGCAGCAGCAGCAGCAAGGCGGCAGGCAACAUGAAGGUGCCGUACCAGGCGGCAGGACGAACAUGGCGCCUCCGCCCACCGCCAAUAUCCAACGCCGCGACGGUCCCCCGCCAGGCUUCCAAGCCGGACGUCCCCCGCAGCCGUCCAACAGCCUCGAACCCACCGAAGAAUUCGCGCCAAACGCAUACGCUCACCCGCCCCCGCCGCCCCCUCAAUCGCAGCAGUUUGCGCAAGCCGAGGGAACGCCGGGCUCGUCGCACUGGUACGACCGCAUCAUGGACCUCCUCCUAGGCGAAGACGAGACGGCGUCCAAGAACAGAAUCGCCCUCAUCUGCAAGAAUUGCAGGCUGGUCAACGGUCAGGCCCCACCGGGCACAAAGGUCCUCUCAGAUAUCGGCACGUGGAAGUGCAUGGGCUGCGGGGCCACGAACGGCGAAAUGGAGGAGGGAAAACGCAUCAUGCAGGAGGUCCUCGGCUCGCGGGGGGAUGUUCCCACGGGUGAAGAGUUUAAGGAGUCUGAUGAGGAGGUUUCUAGCGUGUCGAUCAAGGAGGAAGAUUCUGAUGAGCAAGCUGCCGGCGCGAAGACGACGGGGCGACAGGGCGGGUCGGCGGCAGCGAAGAAGCGGAAGGGCAAGGGUGGUGGUAGGUGAAAAAAUAAAAGCGAUUUGCCGUGAUGGGGAACCGCUGCUGGCUAGGUUCAGCCGACUAUUUCAUACCAUAAUUGCAGCUCACAAAAGUAGAAAAUAUUGACA